GGGGAGCAAGGAGAUCGUGGGGAGAGGGAGAGAUCGACACGAGGAAAGGGCAAUCGUGUGUGUGAGGAAGAAAUGCAAAGCAGCAGCAGUGAGGAGAGGCGCCUGGAUUGGAAGCACAGUACAGGAGGACCAGUUUGGCUGUGCCUGUGCGCGCUGGUAGGGCAGGCAGCGCUGCCCCCGAGCUUGCCCCCUCCCUGAAGCGCCGCCGGGGCAGAGGAUGGUGCUUACGCCGCCGCCGCCGCCUCCCUGCUGCGGGUGCCCGGCAGCGAAGUGAACCAUUGGAGCCCUCCAACUUGCGAAGAGGCACCAGCAGGCGGCUGGCUGGAAGAGGCGGCGAGGGCGGGAAGACCCCCUCUGGGUCAGUCUCACGGGCUGCGGGACGAGACGAGAGACUCUGUGGGGGCAGCAGCAGCAGCGGCACAGCCUGGGGGAUUUCGCCUGACCCAGGCCUAAAUGUCAGCAUGACUGAUAACUGACACAGAAUCUUAAGACUCCACCCAAACAUCUAAAGAGAAGGCAGCAAAAGGGGUCUAACAGACCACUAACCCUGUAACAAUGGCAGACCCCUCAGCUGAGGUACCCUUUUCUAUGAUGACACAACCACAGCUAAUUGAGUCCACCGCCAUGAGUGAGCUGCAGUGCUACUACAAUGAAACCAUUGCCUUCUUUUAUAACCGAAGUGGGAAAUAUCUAGCUACUGAAUGGAACACUGUGAGCAAGCUUGUGAUGGGCCUGGGGAUUACAGUCUGUGUCUUCAUCAUGCUAGCCAACCUCUUAGUUAUGGUGGCCAUCUAUGUCAACCGGCGUUUUCACUUCCCUAUUUAUUAUCUAAUGGCUAACUUAGCUGCUGCAGACUUCUUUGCGGGACUAGCCUAUUUUUACCUAAUGUUUAACACGGGACCCAACACUAGAAGAUUGACUGUGAGCACCUGGCUCCUUCGUCAGGGUCUCAUUGACACUAGCCUGACAGCCUCUGUCGCCAACUUGCUGGCCAUUGCCAUUGAGAGGCACAUCACAGUGUUCCGCAUGCAACUACAUACUCGGAUGAGUAAUCGGCGAGUGGUGGUGGUUAUUGUUGUCAUCUGGACUAUGGCCAUCGUCAUGGGUGCUAUACCAAGUGUGGGCUGGAAUUGUAUCUGUGACAUUACUCACUGUUCCAACAUGGCACCACUCUACAGUGACUCUUACUUGGUCUUCUGGGCUAUUUUCAACCUGGUCACCUUUGUAGUCAUGGUGGUCUUGUAUGCUCAUAUCUUUGGCUAUGUCCGCCAGAGGACUAUGAGAAUGUCUAGGCAUAGUUCCGGACCACGUAGGAAUCGGGAUACCAUGAUGAGCCUUCUGAAGACUGUGGUCAUUGUACUUGGUGCUUUUAUAAUCUGUUGGACUCCAGGAUUAGUCUUACUGCUCCUUGACGUUUGCUGCCCACAGUGUAAUGUCUUGGCUUAUGAGAAGUUUUUCUUGUUACUUGCCGAAUUCAACUCUGCCAUGAACCCCAUCAUCUACUCCUACCGGGACAAGGAAAUGAGUGCCACCUUCAAACAGAUUCUUUGCUGUCAGCGCAGUGAGAGUGCCAAUGGCCCGACGGAAGGCUCUGACCGGUCUGCCUCAUCACUUAAUCACACCAUCUUGACUGGAGUACACAGUAAUGAUCAUUCCGUGGUUUGAAAAGGAACUGAAAGAUAUAUUUUUUUAAAACCUCAUGCAUGAGAAUUUAGUGCUGGGUGAAUAGUUAUGAAACUGUUGACAACAUUGUUGCGGGUUUUGAAGCAGAGAAAAUAACAAACUUACAAACUCUUCUUAAUCACUAAUGGAUGAUAGUACUUACUGACCAGUGCCCGGACCGCAAACUGCCCAGUCUAGAAUCCUCACUCUUUUUAAAAAUUCCUCUGUUUUAUGAAAGUAGAAAGCAAGCUUCUCACACUGGGAAGCUGGCAUACAUACCUUUGGAAAAGCCAUUUUAAGCUACUUUAACUAGCCUUCAUCAGAUGACACUUUUGUGAUGGUCCUAACUGAAAUAAUCUCCAAUUAAUUAAGCCUAAUAGCUGCUUCACUGCCUUUUCAUAUAUGAGACACAGAGGCUUCUUUCUUGUUUUGUUUUAAAAUGCAUUUCAUUUAAUAGUUAUCCCCAUCAGCAUGCUUUGUUAUGGACAUUUUUCUGGGCAAGGAGAGAAACUGUGUUGUAGCAUUCAUUUUUAUUUACACUGCCAAUAACAAUGAACAACGUUUGGGUUUUUUGCUAGUACAGAUAGGAAGGUAUUGGUGGGAAGUGAGUGUCUUUACCUUGAUUUACUGGUGUUCAGAAGCAUGUGUGUAUGCCGAUGUACUUAACUCUCACAUUGAAAUCAAUGGGACUUAAAAUGCUUAACUUCUGGCUAUUGCCCCUAAGAUGUUAAAAUUUCUUUAGUAAAAAGCAGAGCAAACUAAGUAAUGUACACAGAAAGUCCCAAGUUUCUUAUGGCUAGAUCCCUAAUGUGGGAUGGAUAUAUAAGGCUUUAAAAGAGCCACCUUCAAAUUGGUUAAGGUGAGACACAAUAAUUGUGGUGUAGAAGAGUCUUCUAAUUAAUUAUGGAGUGCAAAGGGAUUUUGCUUUUUGAAAAACCAUGCUUUUUAAAAAGUAAAGCUUUUUAUUAUUGUUGUUUUUAAAAGGAUUUUUUUCUCCACUAUUUUGCACUGAGUGGGGGAUUUUUCUUUUUAAUUGCUUGCCCUUUAUAAUAGCAUCCAACUAUUUCCAUGACCCACGGUACAAUCUCUCUCUUUUUUUUUAGGCAACCAGAUAAGUAUCACAAUUAAAAUAUGUUUGUGUACCAUUUCUACAAACAGGUCUAAUAUGUAGGAAAGUGGUUUAAAGUGAAGUCUUUGUAACUCUGAAAUCUUUCUUCACUGAGGUCUAAUAUAAAGACCUCUAUACUAAAAGUUGAUAACUUUUUAAAGAACUUGGGACCAUAGUAAUAAUUGUGUAUUAUAUCCACAACAAAUUUUCAGUCCUUUUCUGUGCUAAAAAUCUGUGUAUAUUGGAUUUAACAUUUGCUUCAAAUUGAUCCAUCAUUCUAAUCCUCUGGAAUGAUGGUAACAGAUCUGAGAUAUAGCACCAUGUUUGUGUGGGUAGAGUAUGUAGAUUUCUAAGAACAAUGUAUAGCAAUGUCAGAAAGGUCAAGAGUAUGAAUAAAGAUAGACUAUUUAGUGAGAUACAAAAUGCGAAUUGAAAGUAAAAGGGAAGCGUGGCUGAUCCUCCCAGAACAUGUCCAGAGUUCACCUGCCAGUUAACCCAAAGUUGAUGUGAUGACAAACAUUUUGAAUUCCUUACUGAAACUGAAAGCAAUGAACUUACAGUACUUUACUUAUGUAACUUGCCUAAUGAAAAAGAAGUCAGGCUAUUAGAACUUUUAAAAAUACCCUACAUGCUAAGCCACUAAUAAAGUUUUCUCAAUGAG